AUGCCGACCGUCAACUGCUUUGACUAUCCUGGAUAUGAACAACUUGGAAAUAUUUUCAAUAUUUCCGCUGCCGCUUCCAUUCCUGCCAGUGCUCGCAUUGUGGCAUGUUCCGGUCAGAUUGCUGACAAUCACGAUCCUCUCUGGGGAAAGCACGCCGAACAAUUCGAAAAAUCCAUGUUCAAUAUCCAAAAAUCACUGGCCGCUGCCUCACCUCACAUCACCAAUCCUGCACGGUUAUGGGAGGGCGUCUUUUACGUGACUUCAUUCCACGUUGGUGUUCUUUCGCGAGAAGAGCAACUGCAGAUCGCCGAAAUUGCCCGGAAGUAUUUUGGAAAGAAUAAGCCGGCCUGGGCGGCUAUCUGUGUGAUGGCCUUGUUUCCACCGGAGGCUUUGGUGGAGGUGCAGGUGCAAGCUGCGUAUUCGGAGGAAAACAAAGGCUGA